AUGGGCCGUUGGGGGUCGUUCCACAGUAAAUUGCGAUGGGGCUUCAAAGCACUUUUUGUCCCGUCCACAAUCUCCGAGGAAGGUGUUGCAAGAGUCAGUUCCACGAGCACAAAUUCGUUUGAUGGUGGUGUCGCAAGAAUCAACUUGUUGAACAAAUUGAAAGAUGGGGGUCUUGCGAGACAGUCCAUUGAACUCAACUUUUGUUUGGGUGACACUCUGCCAUUCGUAGGUGCGCUCAGAGGGUGUGGCUCUGUGAAUGUAGUGCUGUGCGAGAAGAGUCGUAGCAGACGAUUUCCAAUUGAACGCAGUAGCGUGGUCGAUAAACAUUUCUUGUAUGGAAAGAGCGAAUGCACGUCGCAUCAUGUUGAUUUCAUCAAAUAA